CGCACCUCACUAGGAAGUGGAACUACUCAGAAAACAUAUAAUAUUAAUAAAAAAGAGCAGCGGAAGUUUCUUGUAAUUUUUCCUAAAAGGAGCACUGAAAUUUCAGUCCUCUUUCAUUACUUCAAAAAUUCUAGCUCUCCUCAGUCUUUUCUCUCUCUUCAUUUGCAAAUUUCAGAUUGGAUUUCUACUCACUCCGAUUCGACUCAUUUUCAAAACUAUGCAAGUCAGGUUUGGGAUCAAGUUGUUUCUUCUUCCCUAAUUUCAGAUCCACCUGUUCUAGCCCCAAUUUCAGGGUGAAAACCAUUACUAGCAUCGACAGAGGCAGACGAAAUCAGGGAUGAACUUUACCAAAAUCUGAAAGGAAAAAAAAAAAGGAGCACUGAAAUUUCUAGGAAGUGGAAGUACUCAGAAAAAUAUAAUAAAAAAGAGUAGUGGAAGUUUCUUGUAAUAUUUCCUAAAAGGAGCACUGAAAUUUCAUCACUUCCAAAUUUCUAGGUCCUCUCCAAAUUCUCUUCUCAGUCUUCUCUCUCUUCAUUUGCAAAUUUCAGAUUGGAUUGGACACAUUUUCAAAACUACGCAAGCCUGGUUGGGGAUCAAAUCUAUUUUUCUAAUGGCUUUAAUGGACAUGAAAACGGACACAUCAGCUUUCCCAAGUUCUUCUUCUGCUGCCCGACGGAAGUAUGAUGUCUUUCUCAGUUUCAGAGGCGAGGACACCCGCUACAAGUUUAUGGGUCAUCUAUACCAAGCUUUGAUCCAGAAAGGCAUUGUCACCUUUAAGGAUGAUGAAAAACUUGAGAGAGGAAAAUCCAUUUCACCAGAGCUAUUGAAAGCGAUAGAAGAAUCAGAAUUUGCUGUAGUCAUUCUCUCAGAAAACUAUGCAUCUUCAACUUGGUGCUUAGAUGAACUUGCAAAGAUCAUUUGCUGCAAAAAUGAGACAAGAAUGACAAUUCUACCUGUUUUUCACUAUGUGGAACCAUCCGAUGUACGAAAACAAAUGGGAACUUUUGGGCAGGCAUUUGUUAAACAUGAAGAAAAGGAGAACAAGGAGAGGGUGGAGAAAUGGAGAGAUGCUUUGACCCAAGUGGGCAACCUUCGCGGAUGGCAUUUAAAGCAUUAUUGGUCUGAGAUAGAAGACAUCAAAGACAUUGUGGGAUGGAUAUCGCUUCACUUGAAAUAUGAUGCAUUACGAUACAUUGCCAAGGACCUAGUAGGAAUAUACUCUCGAGUGAUGGAAUUGGAGGAAUUGGAGUCGGGUUUAGCUUUACGGUCAAAUGAUGUUCGCUUUAUAGGGAUUUGGGGGAUGGGAGGAAUUGGUAAGACAACUCUUGCUAGAGUUGUUUAUUAUAUGGUUUCUAAAAAAUUUGAAGCUUGUAGUUUUAUUAAGGAUGUUAGGGAAAAUGUUGAAAAACAUGGUUUAGUUCCACUACAACAAAAAAUUAUUGAUGACAUUUUGAUGGAAACGAAUUUGAAAAUAAAAGAGGAGUAUCAUGGAGCUAUCAUGAUGGAGAAGAGAUUAUGUCAUAAAAGGAUUCUUCUUGUUCUUGAUGACGUAAAUGAAUUAAACCAAUUAAAAAUGUUGGUUGGGGAACGUGAUUGGUUUGGUCCGGGCAGUAAAAUUAUCAUAACAACAAGAAAUGCUCAUGUGUUGGAGGCACAUGGAGUAGACGGAAUAUAUGAAGUUAAAGGAUUGAAUAAUAAAGAUGCUCUUCAACUAUUUUCCUUAAAAGCUUUUAAAGAAAAGCAUGUCCUAGAUGAUUAUUUAGAGCUAACUAACCAUUUUUUGAAUUAUGCUAAAUGCCUUCCUUUAGCUCUUGAGGUUUUAGGUUCAUUUUUGAUUGGAAAAAGUAUUGCUGAAUGGAAAAGUGCACUAGAGAGGCUCAAAGAAUUUCCUGAGAAUACCAUUCUCCAAGCACUUAAAAUAAGUUUUGAUGGACUCCAUGUCACAGAGAAGGAAAUAUUCCUACAUAUUGCAUGCUUCUUUAACCAUGAGCAUAAAGAUAAUGUAGUAGAAGUACUGGAUGCUCUUGACCUUUACCCUGACAUUGGAUUGAAGGAACUCAUUGAUAAAUCCCUCUUGAAAAUUAUGGAUACGGGUAGAGUGUGGAUGCAUGAUUUACUAGAAGAAAUGGGUAGGAACAUAGUUCGUCACGAGUGCCUUGAUGAUCCUGGGAAGCGUAGUAGAUUGUGGCAUUAUAAGGACAUUGACAAAGUUCUAAGAAAAAAUAAGGGAAUGGAAGCAGUUCAAGCCAUGCAAAUUAUGAAUCAUUUUGAAGUACAACACAUGCGAUCUAUGGGUACUCUCGAGGCCUUUCCAAAGAUGUACAAUCAUAAUUUUCUUCACAAUAAUGCUAUUUUCCACGACGUUCAACAUCUUCCAAAUUCUUUAAGAUUUCUUGAUUGGAGAGGUUAUCCUUCAAAAUCUUUGCCUUCAACUUUCCAGCCAGAUGAGCUUGUUUGGCUUUCUUUACAAUAUAGCAGAAUUGAAGAACUGUGGAUAGGAAGAAAGAAUUUUGACAAGUUGAAGUUCAUCAACUUGACAUACUCCUCAAACCUGAUUAUAUCCCCAGACUUCACUGGAGUCCCAAAUCUUAAGAAAUUGAUUUUUGCACAUUGUCAAAAUUUACGCGAGCUUCACCCAUCCGUUGGAAUUCUUAAAAGGCUUGUUCUUCUUGAUCUAAAAUAUUGCUCAAAACUAAGUUGUCUUCCAAGCAAGUUUGAAAUCGAUUCCCUCGUGACUUCAUUAAUUAUGAAGGGUUGCAACAAUAUUGUAUGCCUUCCUAACACCAUUUGCAGUUUAAAAUCACUUGAAAGUCUUGAUCUUUGUGGGUGCUCAAAUUUGGACAACUUGCCGGAGAACCUAGGGAAUCUCAAAGGUCUCAAGAAGCUUGAUUUGAGUGAAACAGCUAUAAAAGAGCUGCCUUCCUCAAUUGAUGGUUUGACAACCCUUACUUCAUUGACUCUUAUAGAUUGUGAGAAUCUUGUGUGUCUUCCUAGCACCAUUUGUAGUUUGAAUUCGCUUGAAUGCCUUGAUCUUUGUGGGUGCUCAAAUUUUGACAACUUGCCAGAGAGCCUAGGGAAUCUCAAAGGUCUCUAUCAUCUUGAUUUGAGUGGAACAUCUAUAAAAGAUCUGCCUUCAUCAAUUGAUGGUUUGACAACCCUUACUUCAUUGACUCUCACAGAUUGUAAGAAGCUUGUGUCUCUUCCUAGCACCAUUUGUAGUUUGAAUUCGCUUGAAUUCCCUGAUCUUUGUGGGUGCCAAAAUUUUGAAAACUUGCCGGAGAACCUAGGGAAUCUCAAAGAUCUCUAUCAUCUUAAUUUGAGUGGAACAUCUAUAAAAUAUCUGCCUUCAUCAAUUGAUGGUUUGACAACCCUUACUUCAUUGACUCUUAAAGAUUGUAAGAAUCUUGUGUCUCUUCCUAGCUCCAUUUGUAAUUUGAAUUCACUUAGAAGGCUCGAUCUUUGUGGGUGCUCAAAUUUUGAUAACUUGACGGAGAACCUUGGGAAUCUCAAAGGUCUCAAGGUGCUUGAUUUGAGGGGAACAGCUAUAAAUGAGCUGCCUUCAUCAAUUGAUGGUUUGACAACCCUUACUUCAUUGAUUCUUAGCGAUUGUAAGAAUCUUGUGUGUCUUCCUAGCACCAUUUGUAGUUUGAAUUCACUUGAAUGCCUUGAUCUUUGUGGGUGCUCAAAUUUUGACAACUUGCCAGAGAGUCUAGGGAAUCUCAAAGGUCUCAAGGAGCUUAAUUUGAGUGGAACAGCUAUAAAAGAGUUGCCUUCAACAAUUGGUGGUUUAACAACCCUUACUUCAUUGACUCUCACAAAUUGUAAGAAUCUUGUGUGUCUUCCUAGCAUCAUUUGUAGUUUGAGUUCGCUUGAAUUCCCUGAUCUUUAUGGGUGCACAAAUUUAGAAAAUUUGCCGGAGAAUCUAGGGAAUCUCAAAGGUCUCAAGAACCUUCGCUUGAGUGGAAUCGCUAUAAAUGAGCUGCCUUCAUCAAUUGAUGGUUUGACAACCCUUACUUCAUUGACUCUUAUAGAUUGUAAGAAUCUUGUGUGUCUUCCUAGCACCAUUUGUAGUUUGAAUUUGCUGGAAUGCCUUGUUCUUUGUGGGUGCUCAAAUUUUGACAACUUGCCGGAGAACCUAGGGAAUCUCAAAGGUCUCAAUCAUCUUGAUUUGAGUGGAACAGGGAUAAAAGAGCUGCCUUCAUCAACUGAUGGUUUGACAACCCUUACUUCAUUGACUCUUAAAGAUUGUAAGAAUCUUGUGUCUCUUCCUAGCUCCAUUUGUAAUUUGAAUUCACUUAGAAGGCUCGAUCUUUGUGGGUGCUCAAAUUUUGAUAACGUGACGGAGAACCUUGGGAAUCUCAAAGGUCUCAAGGUGCUUGAUUUGAGGGGAACAGCUAUAAAUGAGCUGCCUUCAUCAAUUGAUGGUUUGACAACCCUUACUUCAUUGAUUCUUAGCGAUUGUAAGAAUCUUGUGUGUCUUCCUAGCACCAUUUGUAAUUUGAAUUCACUUGAAGCGCUCGAUCUUUGUGGGUGCUCAAAUUUUGAUAACUUGCCAGAGAACCUAGGGAAUCUCAAAGGUCUCAAGAAGCUUCACUUGAGUGGAACAGCUAUAAAUGAGCUGCCUUCAUCAACUGAUGGUUUGACAACCCUUACUUCAUUGACUCUUAACGAUUGUAAGAAUCUUGUGUGUCUUCCUUCCACCAUUUAUAGUUUGAAUUCAAUUGUAUGGCUUCGUCUUCAUGGGUGCUCAAAUUUUGACAACUUGCCGAAGAACCUAGGGAAUCUCAAAGCUCUCAAGGUGCUUUAUUUAAGUGGAACAGCUAUAAAUGAGCUGCCUUCAUCAAUUGAUGGCUUGACAACCCUUACUUCAUUGAUUCUUAACGAUUGUAAGAAUCUUGUGUGUCUUCCUAGCACCAUUUGUAAUUUGAAUUCACUUGAAGUGCUCAAUCUUUGUGGGUGCUCAAAUUUUGACAACUUGCCAGAGAGUCUAGGGAAUCUCAAAGGUCUCAAGGAGCUUAAUUUGAGUGGAACAGCUAUAAAAGAGUUGCCUUCAACAAUUGGUGGUUUAACAACCCUUACUUCAUUGACUCUCACAAAUUGUAAGAAUAUUGUGUGUCUUCCUAGCACCAUUUGUAAUUUGAAUUCACUUGAAGUGCUCGAUCUUUGUGGGUGCUCAAAUUUUGAUAACUUGCCGGAGAACCUAGGGAAUCUCAAAGGUCUCAAGAACCUUCGCUUGAGUGGAACAGCUAUAAAUGAGCUACCUUCAUCAAUUGAUGGUUUGACAACCCUUACUUCAUUGACUCUUAUAGAUUGUAAGAAUCUUGUGUGUCUUCCUAGCACCAUUUGUAGUUUGAAUUUGCUUGAAUGCCUUGUUCUUUGUGGGUGCUCAAAUUUUGACAACUUGCCGGAGAACCUAGGGAAUCUCAAAGGUCUCAAUCAUCUUGAUUUGAGUGGAACAGGGAUAAAAGAGCAGCCUUCAUCAACUGAUGGUUUGACAACCCUUACUUCAUUGACUCUUAAAGAUUGUAAGAAUCUUGUGUCUCUUCCUAGCUCCAUUUGUAAUUUGAAUUCACUUGGAAGGCUCGAUCUUUGUGGGUGCUCAAAUUUUGAUAACUUGACGGAGAACCUUGGGAAUCUCAAAGGUCUCAAGGUGCUUGAUUUGAGGGGAACAGCUAUAAAUGAGCUGCCUUCAUCAAUUGAUGGUUUGACAACCCUUACUUCAUUGAUUCUUAGCGAUUGUAAGAAUCUUGUGUGUCUUCCUAGCACCAUUUGUAAUUUGAAUUCACUUGAAGUGCUCGAUCUUUGUGGGUGCUCAAAUUUUGAUAACUUGCCGGAGAACCUAGGGAAUCUCAAAGGUCUCAAGAACCUUCACUUGAGUGGAACAGCUAUAAAUGAGCUGCCUUCAUCAACUGAUGGUUUGACAACCCUUACUUCAUUGACUCUUAACGAUUGUAAGAAUCUUGUGUGUCUUCCUUCCACCAUUUAUAGUUUGAAUUCAAUUGUAUGGCUUGGUCUUCAUGGGUGCUCAAAUUUUGACAACUUGACGAAGAACCUAGGGAAUCUCAAAGCUCUCAAGGUGCUUUAUUUAAGUGGAACAGCUAUAAAUGAGCUGCCUUCAUCAAUUGAUGGUUUGACAACCCUUACUUCAUUGAUUCUUAAAGAUUGUAAGAAUCUUGUGUGUCUUCCUAGCACCAUUUGUAAUUUGAAUUCACUUGAAGUGCUCGAUCUUUGUGGGUGCUCAAAUUUUGAUAACUUGCCGGAGAACCUAGGGAAUCUCAAAGGUCUCAAGGACCUUCGCUUGAGUGGAAUAGCUAUAAAUGAGCUGCCUUCAUCAAUUGAUGGUUUGACAACCCUUUAUUCAUUGACUCUUAACGAUUGUAAGAAUCUUGUGUGUCUUCCUAGCACCAUUUGUAAUUUGAAUUCGCUUAUUGAGCUUGGUCUUUGUGGGUGCUCAAAUUUUGACAACUUGCCGGAGAACCUUGGGAAUCUCGACGGUCUCUAUCGUCUUGAUUUGAGGGGAACAUCUAUAAAAGAGCUGCCUUCAUCAACUGAUGGUUUGACAAGCCUUAAUUCAUUGAUUCUUAACGAUUGUAAGAAUCUUGUGUGUCUUCCUAGCACUAUUUGUAAUUUGAAUUCACUUGAAGUGCUCGAUCUUUGUGGGUGCUCAAAUUUUGAUAACUUGCCGGAGAACCUUGGGAAUCUCAAAGGUCUUAAUCGUCUUGAUUUGAGGGGAACAUCUAUAAAAGAGCUGCCUUCAUCAAUUGAUGGUUUGACAACCCUUACUUCAUUGAUUCUUAGCGAUUGUAAGAAUCUUGUGUGUCUUCCUAGCACCAUUUGUAAUUUGAAUUCACUUGAAGUGCUCGAUCUUUGUGGGUGCUCAAAUUUUGAUAACUUGCCGGAGAACCUAGGGAAUCUCAAAGGUCUCAAGAACCUUCGCUUGAGUGGAACAGCUAUAAAUGAGCUACCUUCAUCAAUUGAUGGUUUGACAACCCUUACUUCAUUGACUCUUAAAGAUUGUAAGAAUCUUGUGUGUCUUCCUUGCACCAUUUGUAGUUUGAAUUCAAUUUUAUGGCUUGGUCUUCAUGGGUGCUCAAAUUUUGACAACUUGCCGAAGAACCUAGGGAAUCUCAAAGCUCUCAAGGUGCUUUAUUUAAGUGGAACACCUAUAAAUGAGCUGCCUUCAUCAAUUGAUGGUUUGACAACCCUUACUUCAUUGAUUCUUAAUGAUUGUAAGAAUCUUGUGUGUCUUCCUAGCACCAUUUGUAAUUUGAAUUCACUUGAAGUGGUCGCUCUUCGUGGGUGCUCAAAUUUUGAUAACCUGCCGGAGAACCUAGGGAAUCUCAAAGCUCUCAAGGUGCUAGAUUUAAGUGGAAUAGCUAUAAAUGAGCUGCCUUCAUCAAUUGAUGGUUUGACAACCCUUACUUCAUUGAUUCUUAGCGAUUGUAAGAAUCUUGUGUGUCUUCCUAGCACCAUUUGUAAUUUGAAUUCACUUGAAGUGCUCAAUCUUUGUGGGUGCUCAAAUUUUGAUAACUUGCCGGAGAACCUAGGGAAUCUCAAAGGUCUCAGGAACCUUCGCUUGAGUGGAACAGCUAUAAAUGAGCUACCUUCAUCAAUUGAUGGUUUGACGACCCUUACUUCAUUGACUCUUAAAGAUUGUAAGAAUCUUGUGUGUCUUCCUAGCACCAUUUGUAAUUUGAAUUCGCUUAUUGAGCUUGGUCUUUGUGGGUGCUCAAAUUUUGACAACUUGCCGGAGAACCUUGGGAAUCUCGACGGUCUCUAUCGUCUUGAUUUGAGGGGAACAUCUAUAAAUGAGCUGCCUUCAUCAACUGAUGGUUUGACAACCCUUACUUCAUUGAUUCUUAGCGAUUGUAAGAAUCUUGUGUGUCUUCCUAGCACUAUUUGUAAUUUGAAUUCACUUGAAGUGCUCGCUCUUCGUGGGUGCUCAAAUUUUGAUAACUUGCCUGAGAACCUUGGGAAUCUCAAAGGUCUUAAUCGUCUUGAUUUGAGGGGAAUAUCUAUAAAUGAGCUGCCUUCAUCAAUUGAUGGUUUGACAACCCUUACUUCAUUGAUUCUUAGCGAUUGUAAGAAUCUUGUGUGUCUUCCUAGCACCAUUUGUAAUUUGAAUUCACUUGAAGUGCUCGAUCUUUGUGGGUGCUCAAAUUUUGUUAACUUGCCGGAGAACCUAGGGAAUCUCAAAGGUCUCAAGAACCUUCGCUUGAGUGGAACAGCUAUAAAUGAGCUACCUUCAUCAAUUGAUGGUUUGACAACCCUUACUUCAUUGACUCUUAAAGAUUGUAAGAAUCUUGUGUGUCUUCCUUGCACCAUUUGUAGUUUGAAUUCAAUUGUAUGGCUUGGUCUUCAUGGGUGCUCAAAUUUUGACAACUUGCCGAAGAACCUAGGGAAUCUCAAAGCUCUCAAGGUGCUUUAUUUAAGUGGAACAGCUAUAAAUGAGCUGCCUUCAUCAAUUGAUGGUUUGACAACCCUUACUUCAUUGAUUCUUAGCGAUUGUAAGAAUCUUGUGUGUCUUCCUAGCACCAUUUGUAAUUUGAAUUCACUUGAAGUGCUCGAUCUUUGUGGGUGCUCAAAUUUUGUUAACUUGCCGGAGAACCUAGGGAAUCUCAAAGGUCUCAAGAACCUUCGCUUGAGUGGAACAGCUAUAAAUGAGCUACCUUCAUCAAUUGAUGGUUUGACAACCCUUACUUCAUUGACUCUUAAAGAUUGUAAGAAUCUUGUGUGUCUUCCUUGCACCAUUUGUAGUUUGAAUUCAAUUGUAUGGCUUGGUCUUCAUGGGUGCUCAAAUUUUGACAACUUGCCGAAGAACCUAGGGAAUCUCAAAGCUCUCAAGGUGCUUUAUUUAAGUGGAACAGCUAUAAAUGAGCUGCCUUCAUCAAUUGAUGGUUUGACAACCCUUACUUCAUUGAUUCUUAGCGAUUGUAAGAAUCUUGUGUUUCUUCCUAGCACCAUUUGUAAUUUGAAUUCACUUGAAGUGCUCGCUCUUCGUGGGUGCUCAAAUUUUGAUAACCUGCCGGAGAACCUAGGGAAUCUCAAAGCUCUCAAGGUGCUAGAUUUAAGUGGAACAGCUAUAAAUGAGCUGCCUUCAUCAAUUGAUGGUUUGACAACCCUUACUUCAUUGAUUCUUAGCGAUUGUAAGAAUCUUGUGUGUCUUCCUAGCACCAUUUGUAAUUUGAAUUCACUUGAAGUGCUCGAUCUUUGUGGGUGCUCAAAUUUUGAUAACUUGCCGGAGAACCUAGGGAAUCUCAAAGGUCUCAAGAACCUUCGCUUGAGUGGAACAGCUAUAAAUGAGCUACCUUCAUCAAUUGAUGGUUUGACAACCCUUACUUCAUUGACUCUUAAAGAUUGUAAGAAUCUUGUGUGUCUUCCUUGCACCAUUUGUAGUUUGAAUUCAAUUUUAUGGCUUGGUCUUCAUGGGUGCUCAAAUUUUGACAACUUGCCGAAGAACCUAGGGAAUCUCAAAGCUCUCAAGGUGCUUUAUUUAAGUGGAACAGCUAUAAAUGAGCUGCCUUCAUCAAUUGAUGGUUUGACAACCCUUACUUCAUUGAUUCUUAAUGAUUGUAAGAAUCUUGUGUGUCUUCCUAGCACCAUUUGUAAUUUGAAUUCACUUGAAGUGGUCGCUCUUCGUGGGUGCUCAAAUUUUGAUAACCUGCCGGAGAACCUAGGGAAUCUCAAAGCUCUCAAGGUGCUAGAUUUAAGUGGAACAGCUAUAAAUGAGCUGCCUUCAUCAAUUGAUGGUUUGACAACCCUUACUUCAUUGAUUCUUAGCGAUUGUAAGAAUCUUGUGUGUCUUCCUAGCACCAUUUGUAAUUUGAAUUCACUUGAAGUGCUCGCUCUUUGUGGGUGCUCAAAUUUUGAUAACCUGCCGAAGAACCUAGGGAAUCUCAAAGGUCUCAAGGACCUUCGCUUUAGUGGAGCAGCUAUAAAUGAGCUGCCUUCAUCAAUUGAUGGUUUGACAACCCUUUAUUCAUUGACUCUUUACGAUUGUAAGAAUCUUGUGUGUCUUCCUAGCACCAUUUGUAGUUUGAAUUCUCUUAUUCAGCUUGGUCUUUGUGGGUGCUCAAAUUUUGACAACUUGCCGGAGAACCUUGGGAAUCUCAACCGUCUCUAUCAUCUUGAUUUGAGGGGAACAUCUAUAAAAGAGCUGCCUUCAUCGACUGAUGAUUUGACAACCCUUAAUUCAUUGAUUCUUAACGAUUGUAAGAAUCUUGUGUGUCUUCCUAGCACUAUUUGUAAUUUGAAUUCACUUGAAGUGCUCGAUCUUUGUGGGUGCUCAAAUUUUGAUAACUUGCCGGAGAUCCUUGGGAAUCUCAAAGGUCUUAAUCGUCUUGAUUUGAGGGGAACAUCUAUAAAAGAGCUGCCUUCAUCGAUUGAUGGUUUGACAACCCUUACUUCAUUGACUCUUAGUGAUUGUAAGAAUCUUGUAUGUCUUCCUAGCACCAUUUGUAGUUUGAAUUCACUUGUGUGGCUUGUUCUUCGUGGGUGCUCAAAUUUUGACAACUUGCCGAAGAAUCUAGGGAAUCUCAAAGGUCUCAAGGUGCUUGAUUUGAGUGGAACAGCUAUAAAUGAGCUGCCUUCAUCAAUUGAUGGUUUGACAACCCUUACUUCAUUGAUUCUUAGCGAUUGUAAGAAUCUUGUGUGUCUUCCUAGCACCAUUUGUAAUUUGAAUUCACUUGAAGUGCUCGAUCUUUGUGGGUGCUCAAAUUUUGAUAACUUGCCGGAGAACCUAAGGAAUCUCAAAGGUCUCAAGAACCUUCGCUUGAGUGGAACAACUAUAAAUGAGCUGCCUUCAUCAAUUGAUGGUUUGACAACCCUUACUUCAUUGACUCUUAACGAUUGUAAGAAUCUUGUGUCUUCCUAGCACCAUUUGUAGUUUGAAUUCACUUGUAUGGCUUGUUCUUCGUGGGUGCUCAAAUUUUGACAACUUGCCAGAGAACUUGGGGAAUCUCAAAGGUCUCAAGGAGCUUUAUUUGAGUGGAACAGCUAUAUAGGAGUUGCCUUCAUCAAUUGAUGGUUUGACAACUCUAAGAUGUUGCAGAAAUCUUGUGUGCCUACCUAGCACCAUUUGUAAUUUGAAGUUGCUUAAUUCUCUUGAUCUUUUUGGAUGCUUAAAAUUUGACAACUUGCCAGAGAACAUUGGAAAUAUGGAAGGUUAGGAGCUACUUAAUUUGUGUUGGACAGCCAUAUAAGAGGUUCCUUCUUCCAUUGUUUUCCUUAAAAAUCUCAAACAGCUUCAUAUCUGUGGAUGGAAGUUAUCUGAAUUUUAUUCCCAGCCAGCAAGUCCUAUGUCGAUAGAACCUUUAUGGAUUUCAUUAUCUUACUUGCCAACAAGUCCUACCACGGAAAGAAUAUUUUUGCCUUCAUUUAUAUAUUAUUCCCUGCAAACAAGUCCGGUUCUGGUGGGCUUAUCAUUGCCUUCCUUGUCAGGUCUACAAUCUUUUACAGAUUUGAAUCUUAGUCACCGCGAUCUUUGGUCAAUCCCCAAUGACAUUGGCUGCUUGUCCUCUUUAGAAUACUUAGAUCUAAGUGGAAAUAAUUUUGUUUCCCUUCCUGAAAGCAUGUCUCAACUCUCUAAAUCUUGGAAGACUCUGUUUGGAGGGUUGCGAAAGUCUUCAAUCAUUGGAAAAUGUUCCGCCAACUAUUGAUUCUAUAAUUGCAGACGAUUGUACCUCACUGGAGAGAUUGCCAGAACUGCAGUUUUAUCUUUCUAGGUCAGAUCGCACCUACUUGCAAUUCCUGUUUUUCAACUGCUUCAAAUUGGUUGACAAUAGCAUGCUUCAGGGCAUUAAUUACAUGCUUCAGGUCAUGAAUUGAAAGUACAAGUGCCUUCUAAUUUGUCUAAUGCAUCAAUUGGAAUUGCAUUUUGUGUUGUUUUUGUUCCCAACAAGUGGCGUGAAUGCCCUUGUGAUUGGGAGCUUUCAUUUAGAAUCGAUGGAUUUCCAUUGAAUGAGGGAGAAAUUUCUGGUUCUAGGAAAGAAUAUGGUACAAUUGAAUCACAUCACCUUUGGCUGACCUAUUAUUCCUAUUGGAAUGGAUUUCAUCCUCUUAAGAUUAGAGCAUCUUCUCGGAACUUGGAGGUGGAGAAAAUUGGGGUCCGAUUCAUAUACCGGCAAGACAUCAAAAAUCCCAGUAAAACUAUGGCACAGUGCAUCAACAACAGCAGCAUCAUAAUCCAUCAUGAUAUUGCUGAUUCAAUUGCAGAUGGUAGCGGAAAUAAGCGAAGCCAUGAUGAGGAUGAUGGGGCAGGAUCUAGUGGAGAAUGCUACCCUAUUGUGGAACCACCGCCAAAGAGGAUUCAACGGCUUGGAGGAUUUAUGGAGGAUUCUGAGGAUCCUAGUCAAAGGGAAUUUUCCAAUUUCUUUGCGAUGGAUGCAGAGGAUCAAAUGUCCAUGAAGCUUGAAGCCAUUCACGAAUGUAGUAGUUACCAAGACAUCGAAGAUAUCAAUCAAACCCUGGCACAGAACAGCAACAACAGCAGCACGCUUUAUGAGGGUCUGGGUGAAUCUAUUGUGAUAUUGAACGAUUCAGCCGCCGAAGGUAGAAUGUCUGAUUUGGAAGAAUCUAGUGGAAAAGGCCACUUUAAUGAAGGACCAGAUCCAAAGACUUGGAGUAUUUAUGUCUGAUUCGGAAGAAUCUAGUAAAAGGGAAUUCUUCGCCUGUUGAAUAAUACAAAUUUUUCUUGUUGUCUUGUUGGGGCACUUUUAUAUAAUGGAAGGAAGGGAUCAAACGUCCAAGAAGCUUGAAGCCUAUUGCGGCGGUAAGAGGGAUAGUUAGCAGAGCCACGUUGAAGAAUUAGCCAAGUAGGAUCUCUCCUUUCACUCAAAAUGAUUCCUAGUGAAAAAGCGCUCAAGGAACAAGUGUGCUCUACAUUCCAAGAUCUUCCUGCACAGUACACAUUUUAGAUCACUGGUUGGUGGAAUCUUCUGGUGGUGGAGGGAAAUGUCUCUCUAGGUCUUCUCUUCUAGAAACAUCCAAGAACAGCAAAUUCUUUACAUAAGAAAUAUCACGGCCUGGAAGUAACUCGUUGAAUGUCAAUGGGCACACACUCAUCCCAAUUCUAAGGAUCAAAAGUGGCAUUUCAAUAAGAACAACCUUGUUUGUAAAUGUAGAAAUACCUGCAAGUUUAAAUUACAACAAUAACAACCAGAAGAACACAAAGUUGCAGAGCUCAGAAAUAUACCAAGGCAUCUACUGCAGCAUGCUCUCUAAGGAUCAUGAUCCUGACGAUUCAGCCUCAGAAGGUAGCAGAACUAAGCGAAGGCAUGAUGAGGAUGAUGGGGCUGGACACCUAGUGGAGAAGGCUACUCUAAUGAGGAACCACAGCCAAAAUGAAUUUAUAAAGUCGGAGAAUUUAUUGCUGAUUCUGAGGAUUCUAGUCAAAGGGAAAUUUUCGACUUCGUUGCCAUACGAGGAUAGUAUGAAAUGUCCUAGACGCUUGAAUCCAUUCACGGAGGGAAGAGGGAUAGUUACCAAGACAUUGAAGAUCUCAAUUAAACUAUGGCACAGUUAAGCAUCAACAACAGAACACUCUGAGGAUCUGGGUGAUCUCCGCCAUGAUCUUUGUGAUUCAACCGUAGAAGGUAGCAGAAAUAAGUGAAGCCGUGAUGAGGAUGGCGGGACUGGACCAAGUGGAGAAGGCUACUCUAGAGACGAACCCCAUCCAAAGACUUGGAGGAUGUAUGGCUGAUUCUAAAGAAUUUAGUACAAGGAAUGUUUCGACUUCUUUUCCUGAGAGGAUCCAAGAAACUUGAAGCCUAUCGCAGUGGUAAGAGGGAAAGUCACAAGAGGGACGUUGAAAAAUUAGCUCAAACCCACCUUGGCACUCACUAGACCGGUCAAGAGUUAACUGAGGGUUCCUUUUUAAUGUGAUACAAUGAAGAUUGAGGAAGCAAAGAGCACAUUCUCCUAAGGAAAUCUGUGCGGUAUAACAAUGUCCAAAGGAUAUAGCUUUCUUGAUCAAAUAUCUGAUGCUAAGGAGGCAUGGAGAAUUAGAGUGAGAAUAUGCAGAAUGUGGAAAGCAGUGAAUAAGAGAAGUGGAAAUAACUUCAUCAGUCUUGACAUGAUCUUUAUCGAUGAAAAGAAAAACUUAAUGCAUGCAAUUGUAAGAAAGAAUGUGUUUCAGAAAUUUAGUACCAUCCUACGUGAAUGAGGAACCUUUGUCAUUUCAAGCUUUAAAGUAAUCGUGACAAAUAAAGGUUAUAGACCGGUUUCAAAUGACUUGAACAUCAUUUUCUUCUUAACAACUUCGGUUAAGGAGUGCAAUGAAGAAAGUGAACUCAUACCUAUGCAUGCCUUUGAAUUUGCAACAUAUGAUUGUAUCAACAAUCGUUUGAAUGACAAUUCUUACCUAACAGAUAUGAUUGGCAAACUUACUGCUGUUGGACCCAUUGAACAAGUUCACUUUCACAACGGCUCUACAAAUAUAAGAAAUCUCCAAAUUCUACUACCUGAGGACAAAGAGCUAAAAAUAUCAUAGUGGGAUGAAAGUGCUGAAACAAUUACUGAAAACGACUUCAAAGAAGAUGAAGGUCCUUAUAUAAUCAUUGUUACUUCAACAACUGUAAAAGCAUUCUAAGGCAAACUGAAUCUUAACACCACAAGUGCAACUAAAGUUUACGUCAAUUUGGACAUUACAGAGGUUUCUGAGCUUAUUGACAGAUAUAAAGUUGCUGAGGAUGAAUACGAUAAUGUUGUUCGAUCUAUUCCAGCACAUGACAAAAAACCCAAAUUUGAAUCAGAAUUGAUAUUGCAAACUACGAUGUCAUUGGCAGAAAUUAAAGCACUGGAAUGGGUGGAAGGAGUCAAGGAAAGAUUUUUUACCUGUUAUGCGGAUAUUGUAAACAUAGAAACAAAAUUUGGGUGGAAUUAUAUCUCAUGUCAACUUUGCAAGCGAAAAGUAAAACAAUAAAAUAAUAUGUUUUGGUGCAGCAGUUGCAAUUCUGAAUCUCAGUUCCCUAUGCCUAGUUACAAACUACAAAUCCAAGUGAAGGAUCAUACUGGGAUAGCUUCAUUUGUUCUUUUUGAUAAAGAUACAGAAAAAAUAAUUCAAAAAACUGCUAUGGAACUUUCUUCAAAAAAUCAAGAGCCAAAUAAAUUACCUCAAGAAAUUCAAAGCUUGCUUGGAAAAUCUUAUACAUUCCAAAUAAAAGUUGAUGAUUACAAUGUCAAAGAGGGAUGGGAAGUUUACACUGUCACAAGUGUCUUUAAAUCUGAGCCUAACAAACACUCAGGAAAUGUUGUUGCUGACAACAUUCAGAUUAAACCAUCAGAAACACUGUUCAGCCAUGACCAAACUAUUGCAAACAAUUCUAUUGCUACUUCAGAUAUUAAAUUACUUACAAGCUUGAAGGAUGUAACCGAUGACAACCUAAUAGAUGACAUCUUUGGAAAUACACAAUUGAAAGAUCUUACAAAAAAAAGAACCUCCAAACAAACUUCAAACAACACAGGCAGCUCCCAGAAUAAGAAGAAGAAGUGAUUGCAUAUCACAUGUCCUAAUAAUUUUACUUCUAUUAUGUAAUACAUGGAAAAAUUAAACUUGUGUAUUAAGUUGUGCAUUUGUAUAAACUGAGUUACUGCAACUUAACAAUGGUGGUGGAUUUUGUUUUGGUUAUGAUUUGGAAAGACUUGGAAUGGUGCACUGGUUGUUUGGCACUGAA